GUGAAAAUGCGCGAAACAACUAUACAGUAGUAAGUAAUGAAUAAUAAAAUUUAUAGAGCAUGGAGGAAGCUUUGAUUUGAUAUUUCAUGAAAGAAGCGAAAAACCAGAAAAGAUUCUGUGGGAGAAGCUCUUUGUUUAUCUUAUUUUAAUUUAAUCUCUAUCUUUUGUUCCUUUACUUUCGUUCAAUUAAUGAGAUCUCACCCAUAUCUCCGACGACUACAACUACUUCACCAAUCACUACACAGACACAACUCUCUCAUCUCAUCUCUUUCGCACUUUAACUAGUCACUGUCUCUGAAUAAUUAUUAUUAUUCAUCAUUUCCAUACGAACCUCUAUCCCCAAGCUGACGGUUCAUACAUCAUCAUUGACCAAGAUUCCAAGAGAAACACACAGAGUAUUUAAAUUCAGAAUUAAGAAACUUGUGUGAAAGCUCUUUGAUUUGACCAAGUGUGCUGGUGAAGCAUUUACAUUGGGGGAUCUGGGGGAGUCUUUGUGUCUUAUUCUCUUUGCGAUCAGAUUCAUUUUCGUGUGCUUGCAUUGACCAAUGGGAGGUUGUGUGUCAAAGAGCAAUGAAGAGCCUAUGUAUCGUCCCUGUCUCGGGAUGGGAUGUUGUGGGAGCAAAAUGGGGAGGAGAACAUCUUCUGGCCGCAUCGUUUCACUAAACAACUUGGUCUCUAUUCCCAACCGGAUCACCAGCAAUGGAAAGAGCAAGAGUUCUUGCAUUUUCACUCAACAGGGACGCAAGGGGAUUAAUCAGGACGCAAUGAUUGUGUGGGAAGAUUUUAUGUCUAAAGAUGUGACAUUCUGCGGUGUUUUUGAUGGACAUGGUCCUCAUGGCCAUCUUGUUUCUCGCAAAGUGAGAGAAUCGUUGCCUGUAAGGUUACUGUCUUUCAUGAAUUCAAUUCAGUCGAAGCAAAACGGUACAAGCAAAUCAGAUAGCCAAGAAGCUGCUGACAAGGAAGAAGCUAGUGAGGAGGAUAAGUUGAAGCUCUUGUGGGAAGAAGCUUUUUUGAAAGCUUUUAAUGCUAUGGAUAAGGAACUGCGUUCCCAUCCUAAUGUGGAAUGCUUCUGCAGCGGCAGCACUGCUGUUACAGUCAUUAAACAGGGUUCACAUCUAUUCAUGGGAAACAUUGGGGACUCUCGGGCGAUACUUGGAUCCAAAGAGAGCAACGAUUCAAUGGUUGCAACUCAGCUAACAGUUGACUUGAAGCCUGACUUACCAAGGGAAGCAGAGAGGAUCAAGCAAUGUAAAGGUAGAGUGUUUGCGUUGGAAGACGAGCCAGAGGUGCCAAGAGUCUGGCUACCAUUUGAUAAUGCUCCUGGAUUAGCCAUGGCUAGGGCGUUUGGUGAUUUCUGUCUGAAAGACUACGGUGUGAUUUCAGUACCCGAGUUCUCUCACCGUGUUCUCACAGAUAGAGAUCAGUUCAUUGUCUUGGCCUCAGAUGGAGUAUGGGAUGUGCUAAGCAACGAAGAAGUGGUUGAAGUGGUAUCAUCAGCACAAAGCCGAGCAUCAGCAGCUAGGCUAGUGGUGGAUUCAGCUGCACGAGAGUGGAAACUAAAGUACCCUACGUCGAAAAUGGACGACUGUGCAGUCGUGUGUUUGUUUCUAAACGGGAAAAUGGACUCAGAUUCAUCAGACUACGACGAACAAGGAUACUACUCGUCAGCAACAAACGCAGUGGAAUCAGAGGAAAGCCAGGGGGGAACAGAACCGUGUCUUCAGAGAAACGUCACAGUAAGGGCAACAACAGAGAACAACAGUUACGUUAAUGUGAAUGCUGCAGAGACUAACGAUGCAGAAAAGGAGAAAAAGACUGAAGGUGAACAGAACUGGUCUGGACUUGAAGGUGUUACUCGAGUGAACUCACUUGUUCAGCUUCCAAGAUUCUCUGGAGAAGAAACAAAGACUUGAGAUAUGACUUUUCAUUGUUUUCAAUAAAUUAUGUUAGUAGCAAGAAAAGAAAGUGUUCUGUUUUCAUCUAUUCCCAAUCCAUAAAGUGUAAAUGUGCCUCAAAAUCUAUGCUUGGUUGUUCAAAUUCUUUAAAAAAAUUCUCACAACUUCGUGAGAGUGAAUUAUUAUUAUUAAAAAAAAUAAAAAAAGAAGGUCCCACCGAGAAUUGAACUCGGGUUACU